AUGGCUGGUGCAACAGCGGGCUUCGCAAGUGACUCCGGCAUGGCUCUUGGCCAGCUCAUCUAUGAGCUGACCAAACCACAACAUCGACUAGGGGAUGGCCACCGCUUAAGUGUGUUGAUUAUCAUCAACAACGAUACUGAUUACACCCUACAACGAUCCUACUCCGGAUUCUCAUACGGACAGUGGCAUAAUGGAUCAAAGUAUCCAGUGUCCGAAGGUCCAGUAACUAUAGGACCCAGGAGCACUGGAUUGUGCAUGGCUGAGCAGAAAAAAGAAGGAUCCAUGAAAGGGAUCACAGGGAAUCUAGAUUAUCAAAUCGUAUCUGGAAUUGACCAAAACCGCAGUCGAUUUCUGAAAAUGAGCUUCGACAACCCAAACUAUUCAUCGACAAACACAUUCAGCGCGUCUACAGAUGCUACAGAACUGACCAUGGAUUACAACAAUCCACAAGGAACGGAUGUCGAUUUUGAGGUCUCGCUAACAGUGAGCGCUGAAAAUCCUAUUAAGGUUGAAGGUGCAUAUUUAUCCGGGAGCCCUUCUGCUGUCGCACACGAUGACGGCAAGCUCUAUUGUUUCCAUCGCGGACAGAAUAAUGAUGACGGCCUCUGGUACUCCGUAUAUGAGCAGAGUGGGACCGGCAAUUGGAAUUGGCGGAACGAAAAAAACUGUGGGGAUGCUAGGCUUUGCUACAGUCCAAGUGCGAUAUCAUUCAAGGGCAAGAUCUAUGUUUUCUAUCAAGGCACACAAAAGAUUGGACAACUUUGGUAUAGCGUGUUGUCAUCAGACGGAACAUGUUCAGGGCCCAAGAGGAUCGAAAACAGUGGAAUGUCGUUCUCUCCGAGUGCUUGCGUUUAUAGAGACAAAAUUUACAUCUUCUAUCAGGGCUAUGGCGAAAACGGGAUAAUCACCUACAAUUCAUCUAGUGAUGCCCAGAACUGGGAAGGCGAGCACAAGGUGGAAAAUAAUACCAUCUCUGAGUCACCAUCCGUUGUUGUCCACCACGAUAGGCUGGGUUGCUUUUACCAAGGUGCGAAUUAUAGUGGUGGACUAUGGUCGUGUGACUUCAAUGGGGUGACUUGGGAAUCGCACGUCAAUGUUGGGGAAACACUCCUCUCAGCAAGUCCCUCGGUCGUGUUUGACAAAGAGAAGGAGAGAUUUUGCGUAUUCCAUCAGGCAUCUGGCGGAGUCCACAAAAUUUGGUGCAACAAAUAUGAUUGGAAGGCAAACAAAUGGUCUGGAGAUCGCCCAUACUUUCAUCUAUGGACAUCGACCGGUCCUGGCGCAGUAAUCUUCCAAGGCAAGAUUUUUGUUUUCCAUGAAGGAGGGGAUCAUACCCUAUGGUACAAGCUUGUACCGUUGUGA